UUUGUUUCUCUCAAAAGAAACGUGUCUAAAAUUGCCAAAACGCCCACGAAAUUUGACAAAACUUCAACUACACCCUAAUGCAGAAUCCAUCCAAUAAUCAGCAAUGAAUCACCCGCAUUUCUAAAUUACUAUUACCCACAGAAACUAACCAAAAAAAAAAGGGAGCGAUUUUUGUUAGUGAAAUUCUGAAAUUGAGGAAGACAGAGAGAGAGAGAGAGAGAGAGAGAGACUGGGGGUUUGGGAAUUUGAAAAAUGUGUCCGCUGAGGCUGAUCCUGAUUUUCCUGUCCGCAACUCUCGCCGGCUUUUUCGUCAUUAGAAACCUCAAAUCUCAGCCCCAAACUAACGAUGAAGAUGAUCCCCACACCGCCAUCAACGACACCAACAACUCCCUCUCUUCCUUCUCCAAGGUUCGGACAGCUAUAGAAUCAGGAUUCUGGACAUGUGUUGACAUGGCAAGUGGUCGUUACUUGUGGAGGCAUUUGGUUUCCUCAAACUCAAAGCUUUCCACUUGAUCUCCGUUUUCAUUUUUUUUUCCUUUGCCGACAGUUGAGCAGGUUUGAUUAGGCGAUUCAACAAAUUUUCUGCAAAAAAUAAAAAAUAAAAACCCAUCUUCUUAUUGCUGUUGUGGACUUUAUGAUGGGGUUCUUAUUGUUGUCUCUGGUGAUUGUAAUUGUUACUGGAAUUUAGGAUUACCUGUAUUCCAACAACUACUGUUGUAUAUGAAUCCUGGAUCUUGUUCUGUGUACACUUAUUUUACAGAUUGUAAUUUGGGUCUAAAAUUGACAGUAAAUAAAUGAACUUUCUUCUCAAUUUGUGGAAAA